UCCCCCCCCCUGCACGCCGCCUUGAUUUAGCAAAAUGGCGUUGCUCAGAAUGUGUGAUUGAAAGCGUAUCCUGCGUUAUCUAUCUGUAACAGUUAUUCCACAAUUUCCACCAAAGUAAACGUCAGCCUUGGACAGAAUGGCAAGCCUCGAUCAGAAAUCACCCAACGUGCUUCUCCAAAGCCUGUGUUGCAGAAUUACGGGGAAAAGCGAAGCUGAAGUUGCCCAGCAGUUCCAGUAUGCAGUGAGAGUCAUUGGCAGUAACUAUGCUCCCACUAUUGAACGGGAUGAAUUCCUGGUGACGGAGAGGAUCAAGAAAGAAUUGGUGAAGCAGCGACGAGAGGCAGAUGCUGCCCUUUUCUCAGAGCUGCAUAGAAAACUACAGACACAGGGUGUGCUGAAGCAUCGCUGGUCUAUUCUGUACUUACUGCUCAGCCUUUCUGAAGAUCCCCGCAAGUCCUCCAAUAGGGUUGGAAACUACGGGGCACUGUUUGCCCAGGCCCUGCCUAGAGAUGCCCACUCGACUCCGUUCUACUGUGCCCGGCCUCAGAGUUUGGCCCUGGGCUGUGGGGAGAGGAGCAGUGCCUUGUCAGCGAGCAUGGGCACAAGUGGGAUUUCAAGUCUAGGAGUCUACACACUUAACGGACCCACGCCAACACCGCAGUCACUAUUGGCUGGUCAACCUCAGUCUGCGGCAGGAGUUGGUCCCCCUCUGGUCUCUCGACUGGCCUGGGCACUUCCUGCAGACUCCUCUACCUCCUCAGCUCUAGGUCCCGCGACUAUUCGGCCACCCCUUGGACCCUCGCACACCACCACCAGAGCAGUCCGCCAUAGGCAGGAUGGCGAUACAGCUGGUGAGGUGAGCGAGGCGGCACUGGUGCGGGACAUCCUCUAUGUAUUUCAAGGCAUCGAUGGCAAGUUCCUCAAGAUGAGCACCCAAGAUAAUUGUUACAGAAUAGAUGGCAAGGUGAUGGUGAGCAAAUCUCUUAGGGACACCAGCAGCAGACUGUCUGAGCUUGGUUGGCUUCACAAUAAAAUCCGGAAGUACACAGAUGCCAGGAGCCUAGACCAGGCCUUUGGACUAGUUGGCCAAAGCUUCUGUGCAUCACUCCACCAGGAGCUGAAGGAGUACUACAGACUUCUUUCUGUCCUUCACUCGCAGUUGCAGAUAGAAGAUGACCAGGGUGUGAACAUAUGUACAGAAAGCAAUCUGACUCUCAGAAGGCUCCUGGUCUGGAUGUAUGAUCCUAAAAUGCGUCUCAAAACACUUGCCGCCCUCGUCGACUUCUGCCAAGGUCGGAAAGGUGGGGAGCUGGCGUCUGCUGUUCAUGCUUAUGGGAAAACAGGAGACCCACAGAUGAGGGCGCUGGUGCAACACAUCUUAAGUGUGGUGUCACACCCCAUCCUUAACUUCUUGUAUCGAUGGAUCUAUGAUGGAGAACUUGAGGAUACUUACCAUGAGUUCUUUGUGGCAUCAGAUCCAAAUGUGAAAACCGAUCGGCUGUGGCACGACAAGUACUCUCUCAGAAAGUCAAUGAUCCCUUCGUUCAUCACCAUGGACCAGGCUCGCAAGGUUCUGCUGAUUGGUAAAUCCAUCAACUUCCUGCACCAAGUUUGUCAUGACAGGACGCCACCUGGAAAAAUCACACCAGCGUCCAAAUCUACAGACACACCCAAAGAUGCAGCAGAACUGCUGUUGGACCUGGAGGGGGCAUUUCAGGAAAAGAUCGACGCUGCCUACUUCGACACCAGUAAAUACCUGCUGGACGUCCUCAACCGGAGCUACCUGCUGCUGGAACACCUUCAGGCCAUGAGGAGGUACCUGCUGUUGGGCCAGGGAGAUUUCAUCAGACACCUCAUGGACUUGCUUAAACCAGAGCUGGCAAGACCUGCCACCACUUUGUACCAACACAACCUGACAGGUAUCUUAGAAACAGCCAUCAGAGCAACCAACGCUCAAUAUGACAAUGUGGUAAUCCUCAAGCGGCUGGAUGUGCGACUACUCGAGGUGUCUCCUGGUGAUACUGGAUGGGAUGUAUUCAGUCUGGACUACCACGUUGAUGGGCCACUUGCUACGGUCUUUACUAGGGAAUGUAUGGGCCACUACCUGCGUGUUUUUAACUUCCUGUGGAGGGCAAAGAGGAUGGAGUACACACUAACUGAUAUCUGGAAAGGACAGAUGUGUAAUGCCAAGUUACUCAAAACUAUGCCUGAGCUGUCUGGUGUGCUGCAUCAGUGCCAUAUCCUGGCAUCAGAGAUGGUCCACUUCAUCCACCAAAUGCAGUACUACAUCACUUUCGAGGUGCUAGAGUGUUCCUGGGAUGAGUUAUGGAAUAAAGUACAGCAAGCACAGGACCUAGAUCACAUCAUUGCUGCCCAUGAAGUGUUCCUUGACACCAUCAUAUCUAGAUGCUUGCUGGACAAUAGCAGCAGGUCUCUUUUGAACCAACUGAGAGCCAUCUUUGACCAAAUCAUCGGGUUCCAAAAUGCUCAGGACUCUCUCUACCGCUCUGCGCUGGAGGAACUGACCCUCCAGUUGCAGUUUGAGGAGAAGAAGAAGCAGAACGAGGAGGAGGGUCAAUGGGGGGUGACAUCUAAACAGGAAGUAGAGGAAAAGAGGAGGAUUCGGGAGUUUCAGGAAACCAUACCAAAGAUGUGCUCUCAGCUGCGCAUCCUUACUCACUUUUACCAGAGUAUUGUCCAGCAGUUCCUGGUACUGCUGACCACCAGUUCAGAUGAAAGUCUUCGUUUCCUUAGCUUCAGACUUGACUUCAAUGAACACUACAGGUGUUUUUGUGCUCAGGGCCAGAGAACCAAGGCUGCGAGCAUCAAUAGGAGCCACACGGGGGCGACGGAUGUCCAAUAUCUGACCUUCAGUUUUUGGAACAUUUGGUAUGACAUCAAAGGCCAGAUAACCAGCACGUCAUUCCAAGAUAAUGUUGCGCCUUGGUGGAGCUCUCAUGCAGUAAUGAACAAUCUGACAGUAUUGGGAGCCAAUUGAUGACAAAACAGUGGAAGCCAGCUCCAGAACACAAACAGUGUUUUAUUGAUGAGAAAAUGUAUUAUGCCCCAACACACAUGUAUAUAUGCAUGUGUAUUACAUUCAGACGGCACAGUAUGUAAUUGGUUAGUACAUGUGCCUCACAAUUCUGAGGACAAGGGUUCAAAUUCCAAGUCCUGCCUGUGUGGAGUUUGCAUAUUGUCCCCUUGCCUGCUUGGGUUUUCUCUCGGUACUGUAUUUUCCUCUCACAUCCCAAAAACGUGGUAGGUGGAUCAUAGACUAAAUUGCCCAUAGUUGUGAAUGACAGUGUGAAUGGUUGUUCACUUCGACGUGCCCUGCGAUUGGCUGGUGACCAGUUCAGUGUGUACUCAGCCUCUUACCAGAAAAUAGCUGGGAUAGGCUCCAGCAUGCCCGUGGUUCUAAGGAGGAUAAGCGGUACACAAAAUGUAUGGAAGUUACAUUAAUGCCUUACAUUUUUCAGAUUUUAGGAGCAAUGUUUAAAACAAUUGAAUUGACUCCAUUUCAUGAUAGUUAUGCAUUUUACAAAGCGGUUUAUCACUGUGGUGAUGAGUACUUAAGGGGCUGAGCGUAUUUCUCAACCUGGCAUCAGUAACACUGGUCAACAACAUUUCAUUGUCUAAGAUUUUUUAGGACAGUUUUGAUGUGCUGAAUCCAAAUAUCACAUUGAUUUUGUUCAAUCAGAUCAACUUUUUAAACCACAUGCUGGGUUUUACAUUAACAUCGACCUACUCGCCGCAUGUUGGUGGAUUUCAGCAGUGAUUAGUAAUGUUACCUCUCCCACUAGCCACUUUUGCCAGCUUGAGUUUUAUGCGAACCAUGUAUGGCAUGUAUCAUGGAGGCGGCAUAAAGGCACUGUGGAUUUGCUGAUGAAAUUCUUUACUCCGAAAGGCAAUACCAUGACUGAAGUUAGCUAGGUUGGCAGCAGCACUCCUGUGACACUUGUGAGGAUAAUCAGAUGGAUGGAUAGAAUACAGAAAACAUUAAACAUUGCAACUCUGCUUCCUCACGGGAAGACAUGUCAGUGGAAUUGAGGAGGUCUUCAAAGUAUUCUCCACACCAACUCAAUGUCCCAAGUUGAGGCAGCAGUUCCCAUCCUUACUAUACACGGUAUUGACGGUGCAAUGAUUUCCCCCGAGAUAGAUACUGGACAGUGGAUCAGAAUUUCCUUCACGCAUUCUUGAAGUCGUUCUCCAUUGCCUCACCUAACUCCUCCCAUGUCCAGGAUUUUGCCUCAGCGACCACCUAAGCUGGACAGCCAGUACCCAUCAGAUGCCUCGGUAGUCCUGUUGGCAAAAAAGCCCUGAAAGGACUCCUUCUUCAGCUUGACAGCAUCUCCCGCUCUUGGUGUCCACCUACAUGUUCGGGGUUUGCCACCACGACAGGUGCAAACCACAUUACAGCCACACUUCUGGUUGGCCACUUCAGUAAUGGAGACGGAGAACAUAUUCCUCUCAGACUCACUUUCCCCCGCUUACCCCAGAACCUGAACAAAGUUUUCUGAGGUGUUGAAGCUCCUCACAGGGGAAUCUGCCAGCGAUUCCCAGCAGAUCCUUACAAUACGUUGGGACCUGCCACGUUGGACCGGCAUCUUCCGCCACCAUCGCAGCCAACUCACCACUUGGUACUGAUCAGUUGACAGUACCGCUCCUCUCUUCUCCCGAGUGUCCAAAACAUGCGCCCGCAAGUCCAAUGACAUGAUCACAAAGUCAAUCAUCGAACUGCGACCUCGGGUGUCCUGGUACCAAGUGCCCAUAUGGACCACUUAUCCCUAAAGAUGGUAUCCGUGAACAAGUUCUGAUCGGUGUGUGUGUGUGUGUGUGUGUGGGGGGGGGGGGGGGUAGUUCUUCCCGAUCACGCCAUUCCUGGUCUCAUGGUCAUAUCCCAUGGGAGCAUUGAAGUCCCGCAGUAGAACAAUGGAGUCCCCAAGAGGGAGUGCUCCCGAGCAGGGAGGGUACUCUGAACUGUUGUUUGGUUCACAAGCACAAAUAACAUUCAGAACCCAUCCCGUCACCCGGAGGUGGUGGGAGGCUACCCUGUUAUCCACUGGGGUUAACUCAAACGUACAGGCGCCAACCCGUGGGCAAUAAGUAUACCCACACCUGCUUGGCGCCUCUUAACGUGGGGAAUUCCAGAAUGGAACACAGUCACGCCCCUCUGGUACCAGAGCCCAAGCGGUGUGUGAAGGCGAGUUCGACUAUAUCUAGUCGGAACUUCUCGACCUCACACACCAGCUCAGAAUCCUUUCCUGCGAGAGAGGUGACAUUUCACGUCCCUAGGGCCAGUUGGUGUACCUGGGGAUUGGAUCACCCAGGUCCCCGGCUUCGGCUACCGGCUAGCUCACAUUGCACCCGACCCCUAUGAUCCCUCUCACAGGUGGUAAGCCUAUGGGAAGGGGGACUCACGUUAUCCUUUCAGGCUGUGCCUGCGCGAGCUCCAUGUGUUGAGGCACAGCCACCAGGCACUUGCCUUCGAGGCCUACCUCUAUGCCUCUCUCCAGAGGGAGGGCCCAGUGACCCGCGUCUGGGCAAGGCAAACCUAAAUCCAUUGUCUUUAACAUCAUGUGGGCUUCUUCUACUACUAGGGGAUAAUUAACAUCUAAUGGGAAAAAUUACAUCAACUUUCUACACAAAGCCGCUUGGCAUGCCGGAAAUUGGAAGGUCAACUUCCUCAACACUACUUUACAAUAUUUAAUUGUACUUUUCUCAAACGGCAACCAACAUAAUAAGCCGGGUCUAUGUAACAAGUGGAUUUAUUUGAUAUGGCAUGCCAUUUUUAAUUUGCUGUGUUGUUUGUGUUUGAAAUGAUCAAUAAAAUGGCCAGACAAAAACCUAUAUGAAGACAAACUUUGUCCAGGUGGACUUCCUGUAAACAGCUGGUUCCAGAUUUACAUCAAGGAUCUAAUGGCUUUCACCAAAAUAAAAACACCAAACACGAUGAGACCAGAUUGUUAUUGAGGAAGCCCUUGGGCCCCCCUUCUCCAAUCCAUAUGGGUGUCCAUAUGUGUACUUGCUACCAACCCUAGAUCACCAUGCGAUGAUUGACUUUGUGAUCGGACUUGCAGCCGCAUGCCUUGGACACUAGUAUGAAAAGAGGGGGGGGCAAAACUAUCCACUAAUCACCACAAGGUUGUGAUUUGGCUCUGAUGGUGGACGAAGUUGUUGGUCUGACCUGGCAGGCCCACACGGAUUGUGAGCCGCUGCUGGGAACGUCUGGCAGAAUCCCCUGACAGAAUGAGUUUCAACUCACACCUUUGGUAGAAAUUCACCCAUGUUCCGGGGGAGACUGAGGACAUUGAGUCCAAGUGGACGAUAAUUCGGGGCUGUAUAUCCGAGGCGGCCAACCGGAGUUGUGGCCAUAACGUAGUUGGUGCCUUUCAUAGUGGCAAUCCCCGAAUGUGUUGGUCACAGCAGCGGUGAGGGAUGCUGUUAAGAUGAAGAAAAAACCCUAUUGGGCCUUCUGAAGAGCUGAUGGAUACUGGCUGAAUGAAGUUUUGAUCAGUGCUGAAAACAAAACCCAGGCAUGGGAGGAUUUUGAUGAAGCCAUGGAAAACGACUUGCAGACAGCUUGGAGGAAAUUCUGCCCCACCAUCUGGUGUCUUAAGGAGGGGGAUGCAGUGCACCAUUUUUUUAAGAACAUCAAUCAUACCUCUCUCACACCACCACAGGUGCAGGCAAAUCAUCAUUCAUCUUGCCAUGUACAAUCACGGUGUCACACCAAACUAAAAUUACACCACAGCAAACAGAAUGGCACAACCAGCAGACAACAAAACAACCAAAACAAUAAACGAGAAUGCAGCGAGACCAAAACUGAGUUCGGUUGUACUUUAUUGAAGAAUUUUACAAUGUAAGCAGUGAAUUUGGCCUUACUUUGUUGAAGUAUUUAACAAUAUACUCACAUUUUUUGAUAAACCCUCAUCCGCAAAUCCAUCUGUCCUCAUCUUCCAUCCAUCCACUUUCCAAACCCCGUAUCCUCACAAGGGUCGUGGGUGUGCUGGAGCCUCUCCUGUCUAACAUGAGCUGAAAGUUGGACUACACCCAGAACUGGUCACCAGUCAGUCGCAGGGCAGAUAUCAACACCAUCGCUGAGCGGGAAUUGAUCCCACGCUGCUCGCACCAAAGUCAGGCAUGUGUAAUACUACACCAUCAGUGACCCAAUUCCUCAUCUUCUUUAUCUGAAAUUAAUAGCUGGGCAUGUUCUCCAUCAAACACGCCAGGUUCCCUGAUGCUUACCCUGGCUGUUCUUUGAUCAUUUAUCCAUUGCUCAAGUUGGUCUUGUUUCUGCGGAAACUCAGGUUCGUCUCCUUGACUUGGCGAAGCGUGCCGAAGCUCAUUUUCCUGCUUCCUCCACUUGCAAACUAUAGAUUUGAUGAUCUUGAACUCUCUUCCAGCUGCUUGUUUCCUAUAUUCCUCUGUGUAACUUACAGGUUAAACUAUGCUUUGUGAGCAUGUAUCUUCGUAGGUGCCAUUUUCAGGUCUCCUUAGCCAAACUGAUGUUGUUUUUCACAAUGCACAUACCAGCACUAUAUACCAACUGGGGGGGGGGGUGUCUAUAGUGUCCUCUUUUACACCUUUAACAUCUGCAUGCUGUCCUCAGUCACGUCCGUCUUUCCUCUACUGUAUAAUCAUUGUUGGCACGGAAUCCUCCAGUAAGUCAAGCGGAGCGCUCAUCAAAGAGACAACAUUUAGAGAUUUUGGAACUCGGUGCACACACAAGGCGCGCCGCAUUAUAAUGCACCCCCCCUUUCGGAGAAAAUUCAAGACUUAAGUGCACCUUAUGGUUAUGAAAAUACAGUAGUUAAAUGGUGAUGGCUAGUAACUGAGAAACCACUAGCCACGGUAGCUGGUGGGCAAAAAAAGUUUAAGCUCUGGUCACUUGUUUAUAUGUACAUGUACUUUUGCUUUAGAAGUUCAAAUAAACAGGGGCUCAUGCUCUAGAUUUUGAACAAUGAUGAAGGAACAUUGAAUUUAGAGGUUCUUGCUUUUAUCAGUAGUUACUAUUUAACAAUUUAGUUUACAACAAGCAAAGUUUGUGACGUUUGAUUAAUAAACUUAACAUGGGAUAAGAAACCUGACCUCAAAAAGCGAAGUCAUUUUCAGAUUCAGCGAGACAAAAUUGUUCUAAAUCAGUUGAAAUAUCAGACCACUUGUAACAAAAAGAAUAUCAGUAAAUCAGUAUCAUGGGACAAAUUGUCACAAUCAUGCUAAGGCUUUAGUAGUACAGGAGUUCCACUUAAGACCAAGGGGAAUGAGUUUGCAAGUUCUCCCUGUGCCUACGUGGGUUUUCUCCGGAUACUCCGAUUUCUUCCCACAUCCAUAACAUGCAUUACUUGGAAACUCUAAAUUGCCCAUAGGUGUGACUGUGACUCUUGUCUGUGUCCAUGUGCCGUGUGAUUGGCUGGCAACCAGUUCAGGGUGUACCCUGCCUCCAACCUGAUUACAACUGGCAUUGGUUCCAGCACUCUCACGACCCUCAUGAGGAUAAGCGGCUCAGAAAAUGGUUGGAUGGAACGACAUUAACAUGACAGACUCAACGCAGCUACAGUUAGUAACGGCAGUUGUGCUCAGACUGAAGCCAAGGAAAAGGAAGAGAUGACCUUCUUGUCAUAUUUUGUAUAUAUAAAGUAAGGGGUAAUAUAUAUUGAGAGCUCGUGUGCCCUUGGGAAUUUUUAAAAAAUUAUGAAUAUUGCCCAGUGACUGGAAAGAGUAAUUCGUACGGAAGCGUAUUGCUGCCACACCCAAAAAAAAAUUGCUAUCACGUUAUAACGUAAUGUUUCACGUUAUAAUGUGGUUAAUUAAACAUUAUAAUGUGAAUCAUUUCAUGUUAUAGCAUGAAAGGUUUCUCGUUAUAACGUAAUUCAUUUCAUAUUGUGAAACUUUCUUGUCAUAACAUGAUAUGCUCUACGUUAUAACGUGAUUCACCUCAUGUUAUAACGUAGUAAAUAAUGAAGAAAUUUCACCCCUCUUCACCCCGCCCCCCAAAAGGCAAUUACUUCCGGUUCUACGACAUGUUCUACUAUAUUACUACAUGUUCUUGCUCCAUUCAUAAGAGGCAAUCUUACGACUCUGUAAAAAGCUCACCAAAUCCAUAUUUUGUGCAACACUCAAUGAAGGUCCACUUCUGGCUGUGUCUUCCUGUAUGCCAUCUUGGGAAGAUGUGAAUGACCACAGGUUCGCAACAAGUUGACUCCAACUUUUCAGGUUAUAAUGUAGAACUUAUUACGUUUUACCGUAAUAUGUUUCAUGUUAUAAUGUGAUGACAUGGUUCAUUUCACGUUAUAAUGUGAAAUGAAUUAUGUAAUAACAUGAAACAUCCACAUGAUAACGUGAAACCCAUGUUCUCAUGUUAUAGUGACCUUAAAUACUAUUCCGUAAAUUUGAGUGUCAAGCACAUUAUUAAGACAAAGUUUGCAAAUGAUUAUCUUUACCGCAGACUCCAAAUUUAUAAUUAUCUGUUGUAAAGUGCUGCUGGAUUGAUUAUCAUUUAUAUUUUAAUGAGACAUCGUUUUCUUUUUGGAAUUACAUACACACUGAUUGGUACUGUGUGUAUAAAUAAGUGAUGCGACGCUGAAACUGCCUGGGCUUAUUUGCUCUGUUCUAUACAUUGCAUAAAUCCCAUGUUUCAAUGUAAUAGUAUUAAAGCAAUGCAGUAUGUAUUCAAUAAAGUAGUUUUAGUAGGUAGUUCUAAGGAUUUGUUUGACUUGAUUGAUAUUUGCUGCCACUUUACACUGUACAACGUUCAGCAUCUUAGUGUGCUAACUCAAUUAUGAUGCUUUUGUGGAUUACAACAGAUACGAAGUGGCUAGCAUGCAAGAAUAUUCUAUGUGCCUAUUGUAGUUCAUUGACCAACAGCUCUCAUCUACUCAUCAAUACUACACUUAUACAGCCACCAGAGGGAGCUGCUGUUUCUUCUAAACGUCUCAUGCCAUCUGGCUUGCUCACCUCCCUGCUCCAUCCCUGCUACAGUAGUAUGAAAUAAAGGUGGUUCAGCUGUGACCUGUCGGCCUCCUUUUGGCAUUAUGAAGUGAACCUGUUAGGACAUGGCUUGUGUGCCAAUAACUUGUGAAAUGUAUUUGUAAAAGAAUUCUAGCAGCAUGCAUGCUGAUAUUUCCAUGGAUGUGUGUUAAAAUUGGUAUUCAAAGCAGAGCCCAGAUAUUCUCAAUGUGAACUUUGGCCAAAAAUUUUUAGGGAGAAUGAAAAUAACUACGGUCAAGUCAGGAACUGACUUUUAAUGGCAUUAUCUUUUCCAAGAUGUGCGUCUGAGAAUCUUCACAAACGCCCAUAUUUCUCUCUCUGGGUGAGCUGACUCAUCGACGCUCAGCAGAAUGAAGACAGAGGUUUCAUACAUAUAAAAGGUUUCCACACCCCUACUCAAAUAUGACUUUUUAUACACAUGAGUGUAAAAGAAAAGACCCAAGAUUACAUUUGCAACAUGUGUAACCAACACACUGGAGGGAGAAGUAAAAACAAACCCUAAUAUGGUUGCGUGGGUUUGCACACCCCAUUGUUGCUGAAUUGAAUCCUUCAUUUUGAAAAUGUGAAACAGUUACAAAAAGAAGGAAAGUUAAAAUGUUAUAUUUUUGAAAAGUAGGAGGAAGAAGUAAAACAUUUACUCUUACCCUUAUCUUUAUGUCCUCAUAACCCCCCCCCCCAAAAAAAAAUAGAAUGAGAGAAACUCCAUUUAUUUCAAUAAUUUGUUUCAAAAACUAAAACUUGCAUGUUAUAUUAGUUCACCACACAGAGAGUUAAAUAUUUAAAGCCUUUAUUUCUUUCACUUUUGAUAAUUAUGGCAGAAUGACCAUCAUGAAACAAAUCCAGUGCUUCACAAACUUAGAAUAGCAUGACAAGUUCAACAUUUUAGGGUCCCUGUCAUGUCACCAAAGUUAUGCAAAACACCUGGAAAGAUUUCCUCAGCCAUUAAAUGGUCUCAGUGUAGCUUAUUCGUGACUGCUUACUUGAUGGUUGUGAAGAAAGCAUUCAUUGAUUCCCUCCACAAGGAAAAAAGGUCUCAAAAAGAAAUACAGUAACAAAAAAAAUCCCAGAUAGUCACAUAGCAGUGUAUUAAAAUACAUUAACAAAGUGUUGAGAGGAAGGGUGCCACGUUGGCACAGCUGGAAAGCGUUGUCCUCACAGUUCUGAGGUCCCGGGUUCAAUCCCAGGCCUACUUGUGUGUAGUCUACAUGUUCUCCCCAUGCCUGCAAUGGUUAACUCCCGGCACUCUGGUUUUCUCCCAGAUUCCAAAAGCAUCCAACAUUAAUUGGACACUCUAAAUUGUCCCUAGGUGUGAUUGCUGAUUCUCUUUGUGUCCUGUGAUUGGCUGGCAACCACUUUAGGGUGUACCCAGCAUUCCCCACGACCCUUGUAGGAUAAGUGGUUUAAGAAAAUGGAUUGAUGGAUCAGAGGAAGGGGAAAAUGUGGCCAGAAAAUGUGCUUGUGACAGGGAGGACUGCAGAAUUGAGAUGAUUGCCAAGCAACAGCAAUUCAGAAAUCUGGGGGAGCUUCAUUAGGAGUGGACUGAGGUUGGUAUCACCGUAUCAAGAACCACCACAUACCACCACAAAUUCUGUGUCAAACCACGCCAGAACAAAAGACAACUAUGGAAGCGUCUGUGCUGGCCUCCGGAGAAAAAGAACUGUUCUGUUGCCCAGUGUGACAAACUCAAGUCCUCUUAUCAGAUAAAGUUAACUUAGAAUUUGAAUGGACCUUUCCAACCUGUGACUCGUACAAUAACAGCCAAUCAGAUAGCCGCAUUAUCUUAACCCUUAGCUUGACACGCCCCUCUCGUUGGGUUAGUGAUACGUAAAUGCGCGAUGUCAUGCAAGAGAAAUGGGUAUUUGUCCAUUUGUAUCACAUCGGACUUUUAAGACAGAGCACUGGGUUCCAUUACGAGCCAAGUCAAAUGAAUACACCCACUCACUUAUAAAGACUACAAUGAUGUUACUCGUGAUCUUUCCAAGUAAAAAAUACUCACCCUGCUUUACAUGCUAUGAAAGAAUUUAUUACCAUUUUAGUUAUUGUUCGAAUUGUUUACCAUGCAUUUGUUUGUUAGUCUUUCUCUGAAUUGUUCUCCCUGUGAGCUGUGUGCGAGACUUAACAAAAGUGUGACCCAGCGACACCUGAGAGCCGAUGCCCCCCUGCUGACCUCAACCAGAUACUCCCAUACACUGGGAAGCAAUGUCUCCAUUGUGACUUCAGCGCAAUUCCCUGCUGACCUUAAGCAGAUACUCCGAAACAGGGAAGGCAAUGUUGCCCUUCAACCACAUGCGGAUAUUCCCAAACGCCAUAAACGUGUCUUUAAACAAUGCCCUGUUUUCUCACCUACUCUAAACAUGUACCUUAGUGUUUAUAUUGGAAUAGGUGUAGCCAUUUGUACUAUGUAACCAUGUAACCUGAGAAAGCAAUAAA